AAGUAUCCAGCAAGCAGUAAGUGGACAAGAUGGACUUGGACCAUCUCCCCUCCGACGACGGCGACAGCGCCGCCGCCGCUGCUUCUCCCGGCCGCUCCAUCUGCCACACCGGCUGCGGCCGUCCGUCGCGCGUAUGCCUCUGCCCGUACCUCCCUCGCUCCCCCCUCCCCACCUCCACCACCGUCGUAAUCCUCCACCACCCCCACACCCUCCGCCGCAACCCACUCUCCACCCUCCCCCUCCUCGCACGCUCCCUCUCCAACCUCCACCUCCUCCCCGGCCGCCGCCUCGUCUCCUCUUCCACACCUCUCCUUCCGCCUCCCUCCCCGAACCCCGUCCUCCUGCUCUACCCCUCACCCGGCGCCGCCGACCUCGCCACCUGGUGCCGAUCCACGCCGCCGUCCGCGCGCGCCAGCCCCACCCUCCUCCUCCUCGACGGCACAUGGAGGCAGGCCAAGGAGAUGCACGCGGCGAGCCUCCCGUUCCUGUCAUCGUUGGUCGUGAUCCCCGUAGCCCUUCCCGUCGACAGCGGCGUGGACGGGGACAGCAUGUUCGAGUCGGAGCUCGUGGUGAGGAAGGAGCCGCACAAGGGAUGCAUGAGCACUAUGGAGGCAGUGGCGAGGUCGCUACGGCUGCUGGAGCCGGAGGGGAAGGGCGAGGAGAUUGAAGAGGCAAUGCUGCGGGUGCUCCGAGCGAUGGUAGCUUUCCAGACAGAGCAUUUGCAGAACCGGACGGUGGAGCCGAGAGUGAAGAUGAGGAAGAAGAAGGAACUCAAGAGGGAGGAACAAUGCUAGACUGAUGUGACCUAAGGUGUCAGCGAUUCACGUUUGCUCAUGGUGCUGGCUGGAAUUCCUAAUCUUGGAGGCUAUCACCAAUUCACCAUCACCAGCAGUGAAGAUCAUUUGAUGGCAUAUCUUCAGUUCUUCCCAUACAUCUUCACGAAGCUGAAGCCUUAUGCUAAGUUCUUGAUAAUUAAUUGACAAAAACUUGAUGUGGUGCAGAUAUCUAAGAAGGUAUGAUGACUGAAGACCCACUAAGGAGGUAUUCACAAUGAUGCUACUUCAAAUUCUACUAGGCAGGGCUUGAUUUGAAAUGAGAAACCUGAACCGACACAUUAGUUUGCCUGGAGUUUAAUAAGCCCAGCAAUGUGUUUGUACUCACCUCACUUCCUGUAUCACUUCACUGGCUGUUUCCAAGUCCUGCAGCACUCACGCCUUACCCAUAGAUAUGAUGCACCGAUAUCAGGUGCAAUCACGCCUUACCUUAGCUUCUUAGUAGUUACAGUGAGUCCUUGACAAAGUUCAUGGAAUUAUGCAAUUCUAAAUUUGUAUGGAUGGUUUAGUCCUAUCUGUGGAUCACAGUAAUUUUUGUUUUUCCUGUCAACUGUUUGCGAACUUGGGAACCGUCAAGUAUGCAAGAUUGAGAGCUGGAGAUACCUCUUGUUGGAGGCAAAUGUCCGACUCUGUAAUGAAAGGCUGAACCUGGCAAAACUAAGGUUAGGCAUAUCUGAAUAUUUGAUGCAGCUAGUAGUUAAUAUGCUUUUUUAUUGUUGUGAUGCACUUGGGGGGCCUGUAAACAGCACAUUUUCUUCAGGUAUAAACAAAACAAGUUGAAUUUUUGCAUAUGCAGCAAAGAUUUGUCGAUCUGGAACUUGUAAGCCGCUUAAAUCGUUCUGUUUAUGAUCUACUCACUGGUAAUAUUUCAGUGUAGGUGAACAUUGUGCUGUCGGUCAGAGGUCUGAUUGUGGGUGAGUAAGGUGAUAUUUGCUUGUCAUAUUGUGGUGUAACAGCGUUCUGUAUAUGUGGUAUCAAAUGGUAGUCGGAGACGGAAACGCGUCGUGCGGGCCUAUAAAUAUAUCUGCCUCCGAUCCUGAUCGCCGCUGCCAUUCUCCACGAGGACAUCUGCGUGCCUCCUCCGAGUCCGAGGUCGAGGACAAGAACAAUGCCUGCUAGAUGAGGAAGAAGAAGAAGCGUGCGCGAGGGAUGCAGCAGCAAGCUACCAACCCAUGAUCGUCGACUGAUAGUCCCCUUUUAGUCAUGAUGAUGCGCUUUAAUUUUGUGCCUCGGUGUAUGUAAUAAAAGUAUGCGUAUACAGUUUCAGAAUGACCUCGAUUCCUUAUGCAACUUUGCACAAGUUGUAGCGACACGUAAUCAGUAACAGAAACGAGAAAUACUUGCCCA